AUGGACACACCAAGACGUAAAAGUAGGAAACCUAACAAAUAUUUAGACGAAAUUGGUGUUGUUGGAAGAAAAACUGGUAUAACAAUUUCGGGGGAGGUGACGAAAAAUGCUGAUGGCCUCGAGGAUCUGGAUGCUUUUUUCAACGCAGCAAAUAGUUUAAAAACUACAAACGUGGACGAAGCAACAAAUAGUAAUAGUUUAACAACUAUAAAUGUGGACGAGGCUACAAAUGUGGACGAAGUUACAAACGUAGACGAAGCUACAAACGUGGACGAAGUAGCAAAUAGUAAUAGUUUAACAACUACAAAUGUGGACGAAGUAUCAAUGUCCCUUGUUACAGAUGAGUCGCCACAGGAAACAACAACACUUUCUAAUAAGAGGGAUGAUAGUAGAGUUGUACUGUAUAGGCGUCGUGCCGUAGAAAGCCCCAAGAUGGCAUUUAAUCUUGGCAACUUUGGAGAGGAUAACACCGAUGAGGAACGAGAACCAAGCCAAGAUCGAGAAGUAAAUAAUCGAAAAAAUAAAAAGAAAGCAAAGAAUGUAGAGGAUUUGAGUGAUAACAAAGGAAGAAAGUGUCAUAAAGUCAUUCGCAUUCCCCGGCCAGAUGAUAAUGAAUCAGGUGUUGGACGAAAUACAAAGAGGCGAAAGCGGAACGGUAAAAAUACUACUCUUAAGAAAGGUGAAACGGAUGAUGACAUCGAUGAAGUGGCGUCUGCUGAAGGGUUUACUAUUGACUGGGAAACUAAUGAAAAAGUUACACGGCGUUUGAUAUAUACCCUCUCAAUGUAUCAAACUGAAACUAUCGAUAAUGAUGGAUGUAAGUUCCAAAAAACCUUUUCGGAAGGUGAUUUCUUUUCGGCAGGAUUGAUCGAUAUACCCAAAGGACGCAAAAAAUCAGGAAGGAAUUCCAACGAAAGCGCAAUGGGGAUCUGUAACGUUUCAUCUCGAUACGCAAAUGUUUACAGUCAAAGAAGGAGCUCAAUUUUUUGUCCCGCGAGGUAG